AUGGCGGGGCGGCGGCGGGAGCUGCCGCUGCUGCUGCUUCGUUGCCUCCUGCUGGGGCUGCUGGGCGGCGGGGGCGGGGGCCAGCCCGGCGGCGGCGAGUACUGCCACGGCUGGGUAGACGGGCAGGGCGGCUACCACGAGGGCUUCCAGUGCCCCGAGGGCUUCGACACGGCGGCCGCCACCAUCUGCUGCGGCUCCUGCGCGCUGCGCUACUGCUGUGCCGCCGCCGAGGCUCGCCUGGAGCAGGGAGGCUGCACCAACGACCGGGAGCCCCCGGACCCGGGAGUCACCGCCCAACCAAUCUACGUUCCAUUCCUCAUUGUUGGAUCAAUAUUUAUUGCCUUCAUUAUUGUGGGCUCGCUGGUAGCCGUUUAUUGUUGCACAUGUUUGAGACCUAAACAACCAUCGCAACCAAUACGAUUUUCUCUGCGGAGCUAUCAGACCGAGGCUCUUCCCAUGAUCCUGGCCUCCACAAGCUUCAGGACACCAUCCAGGCAGUCCAGUACCGCGACAAGUUCCAGUUCAACUGGUGGCUCAGUUCGGAGGUUCUCCUUCCCCCGGGCAGAGCCAGGGUGCCUUGUGGCGUCACCACCUCCACCGUACACAUCUGGCUGCUUCCAGACAGCCCACACAGUCCACCUGACCCAGCCAACCGGAUUUCUGGUGUCACCACCGUACUUUGGGUAUCCUCUCCAGCCAGAACCUGCCCUGGCUGGGAAGAGCUGCUCUGAUUUUACUCAGAGCUGAAAAGAGUUGUGAAGAAGUAACACAGCCUUCAGAAGCAGAGGGACUGCUGCCGGUGGGUGUCACACUGAUGUGCUGUGUGAGUGUAGUAGUCAGAACUGUUCCUGUGGGUGAGUUGCCCUUGAAAAGUACAAGGUCUCGCUUGGGAUUGCAUUUCCCAAACUUGGAUCACACUCACAAAUGAGCUGUAAAACAUCCCAAACUGUUGCUCUAGAAAUGGACUGCUUUGAUCGCUCAGCCUAAUUUGUGCAGAAUGUGUUUAGAGACAAGUAAAAGAACCAUUUUAGGAUAAAGGUACUCAUUUCACAGUGUAAUAAAUAACAUUUUACUAGGGUAAAAUGCAGUUAACUUAGUUAACAAACAGUGGCUGCAUUCCACUAAUAAUAAUCGGACUAGUUCUAUAAAGCAGCAAUAAGCCUGAGAAGUAAGAGAGAAGUAAUACUUACUAAAGAGGAUACCUGAAACGGCUGACUGCUUACUACUUUCAUGAGCAGUGAAAAGGAAGAAUUUUAUUAGAUAUCAAAAUGCACAGAUUUUUAAAAAAUACACAUACCUGAACUUACACUGCAUAUUUGUAAUAGUAAACUUUAACUAUGAUAGAUAAAACUAGUACUAAUUAGGCUAGUUGAAAAUAAGCCAGUCUCAAGUAGCCAAAUUACCUUUAAGGGAAGCAGAAUGUAUUCAGCAAUAUCACCAAUAACUUCUCCACAUAAAAUUCUAAGAAUUGUGUUCUACAUAAAGCAUUUUUCAGAAGGAAGUAUUUAUUGUCAGCUUUUUGCUCAGCAAGGUGUAAGUUGGACUGAUCAUGAAGUUCUUUUUUGUAAAAUUAGCCAUGUAUAAAAUGUAAAGAAAAGCUUGUAAUUUAAAAUGUAUUUACAGUAUUGACAACACUAAUUAUUCAGUAGUCACACACACAAACAAAUUACCAAUAAACUGUGUGGUUGAAAUGUUGUGUCAUCUGUAUGACUCUGUACUGGUAGUGUUUGAUGAUUCUGAUUGGUGUAACUACUCUGUAUUUUUUCCUGUUAAAAUAGCUUA